AAUAGGACGUGUGUGUGUGCAAAUAAAGCGAUUCAUUAUAAGGAAUUGGUUCACGUAAUUAUAAAGGUGGGCAGGUCCCAAGAUCUGCAGAGGGAGUCUGCAAGCUGGAGACCCAGGAAGAGUGGAGUGGAUGCUUCAGUUCGAGUCUGAAGAGUUUGCAAAAUUGGCCUCCAAGUGGAACAAUAAAAUGAGGUGCUCAUCUUCAGGUGGAUUGAAUGCAGACCAUGCCCAGCUUGUGGACACCGUGGGCCAGCUCAGGAGGUAGUCACUAUACUGCCACUGCCUGGGCUGUCCUUGCCCCUGGCACAUGGAGGACUAAGGAAGACAGAUACAGGGACCCGUUCCUGUUAGCUCACUGCUGGCAUGGAGACAGAAGGAAAGGAGGUAUUUUCCAUUUGUCCUGCAAUGUCUUUAGGAGGUGAGUGACCCGAGUCAGCAUGGCUACUCCUCAGUCCUGUGGUGGAACUGUGUCCAGAACUGUGGCUGCACAGAAUGUGUGUCCGGGGCUGUUCCUUCCCAGCAGCUGAGCAGGCCACUGAGUGAUUUGAGAGGCAAGGAAGGAACCACCUGCACCUACCACAUAGCCUGAAACAGGCCUUCAAAGAUGUGCAUGCUGUUUGCUGAGGUAGGCACAGUGUCAUUUGGGAGAAUUGAUACCCAAAUGGUGCCUCCUUGUAGAGGAACAGAUGUGGGGAAAGUCAGAGGCAGAUCCAGAGCACAGAAUGCCAGUGGAGCCAGCAGAGUGUGAGCCUGUGAGUGUGGCAUCCUAUGCAUACGGCAUCCUGUUCACACAGAAUCCAGUGCACAAAGCAUCCUGUACAUGCAGAAUCCUGUUCACACAGAAUCCUGUGCACAAAGCAUCCUGUGCAUGUGGCAUCCUGUGUAUGUGGUAUCCUUUGCAUGCGGCAUCCUGUGCAUGCAGCAUCCUGUGCGUGUGGCAUCCUGUGCAUGCGGCAUCCUGUGCAUGCGGCACCCUGUGCAUGCGGCACCCUGUGCAUGCGGCAUCCUGUGCAUGCGGCACCCUGUGCAUGAGGCAUCCUGUGCAUGCGGCACCCUGUGCAUGCGGCAUCCUGUGCAUGCGGCACCCUGUGCAGGCGGCAUCCUGUGCAGGCGGCAUCCUGUGUAUGCAGUAUCCUUUGCAUGCGGCAUCCUGUGCAUGCGGCAUACUGUGCAUGCGGCAUCCUGUGCAUGCGGCAUCCUGUGCAUGCGGCAUCCUGUGUAUGUGGCAUCCUGUGCAUGCGGCAUCCUGUGUAUGUGGCAUCCUGUGCAUGCGGCAUGCUGUUCAUGCCCCAUCCUGUGCACAUGGCAUCCUGUGCAUGCUCCACCUUGUGCAUACAUGCAGGGGUGCAGGAUAGAAGGGGUGGGUGUAGGCCAGUUGCGCAAAGCUGUCAGGCAGCAAGCAGCCCUCCUUGCUGUGUCUGGGACUUGCUCUAGCUAUCUCCUUGUCUACAUGACCCAGAGGCCAAAACUGCCUAUUUUGCCAAGUUCCUCUGGCUGCCUGGUGGUGACUUUCCUGUUUGCUCCCACCUCAUGCAGUACAGGGAGCUCAGCGGCCAUUGUUGUCAGAAGGCUUUGUGGUAGCAGCCUCCAGUCUACCCCUUUGCCUUAAUGAAACCAAUGACACCACACCUGUAGGGCCACGGGGCCAUGUCACAUUUCCCUGGUCUUCCAGGAUUCCAGGUUUUAUUCAAGCCAACAACUUGAUUUUGAGAACAAGGUGCUUUCUUCUCUAAUCCAAACAGAGCCAACCCAUUCCCCUCCUGUUAUUCUAACUUAAACAUUGUCAAGUGUGACUGCCAUGAGCUUGUUGGAGGCCCCACUGCCAAUGACCUGGAUUCUUUCAUUUUUUAAAAGUUCCUGACUAUAUGUUUUUCUUUACAAAUAUUGAUGCUUUAUUCAUGGCUUUGUCAACAUUUUCUUUGUUUUUCAGGACUGCCUCCAUUGCCCAUACAUUUUCUAACCCAGAUAAUCAUAAAAACCAGAAGCCUUAAUUAGCAUCUCCCAAAAGAAUGCCAAGGAAUUCCAGCAUGCCGUGGCUAUGUGUUCAGUGACAGCUGUCUGUCACAUCUGUCCUGAUAACGGCAUCUGUUCUGGAGCUGAAACUCUUGUGGGGAGCACAGUUCCCACACUGGACAGCCUGACAAGGCCAUACAGGUUUCUGGAAGCAGUGAUGAGCUCAUUGUAGAAGGAUUUUUUUUUUUUGACAUGGAGUCUUGCUCUAUUGUCCAGGCUGGAGUGCAGUGGCACGAUCUCAGCUCACUGCAACCUCUGACUCCCUGGUUCAAGCAAUUCUCCUGCCUCAGCCUCCCAAGUAGCUGGGAUUACAGGCACAUGCCACCACACCCAGCUAAUUUUUGUAUUUUUAGUAGAGAUGGGGUUUCACUAUGUUGGCCAGGAUGGUCUCAAUCUCCUGACCUCGUGAUCUGCCUGCCUCGGCCUCCCAAAGUGCUGGGAUUACAGGUGUGAGUCACCGUGUCCAGCCUGUAGAAGGAUUUUAUACAGAGAGAGACUGGCAUGCUGCUCCUCAAACAUAAUCAAUAAAAAUCUGAGUUCAGGCAAGAAGUGCUUGUAAUAUAAAGAAAUGGUGCAAUGGGCAAACUGCAUGUCAAAAAAAGGCAGAGUGAGAGUGGUGGGAAAAGUGGUCACAGACGACCAGGAAGAAGAGGGAGGUGACAGACUUUGCAGCUGUAAAAUCACCUGGGAGCAUUUGACAAUAUCUAGUCAAUGUAGAGACAUGGAGCGUCUCACCUCAGCAAUUCCCAGAGCAGGGUGAGCACACCGUGCCGGGCCGAUCCAGCCAGCAGCCUGUCUUUGUAUAGCACUAGAGUUAAGAAUGACUUUUUAAUAUUUUACAGGGUUAUGAAGAAGGAGGGUGGGGAAGCGGUGACAGAGCUCGGAUGAGACCGAAAGCUUAAAAUAUUUACCAUCUGGCCUUUUACGGAAAGUAUUUGCUGUGGAGUUUCCCAAACAUGCAAGGUCAUCUUAAGACUCACCUGUGGGCACUGAAUGGCUCGUGGGUGGUGGAUCUACCACGGAGUAGGCUCAGGGAUCUGCGUUUUUAACAAUGCCCCUCCCCACCCCCACCGCAGGGGUCCUAGGAUCAGGUGACUUUGGGAAGCACUGCCAGAAGGCAAAUUCUCACUGCUGUGGACACGAGGCAUCCUGGAGGCCUAUCCUAGCAUUGUGUUAGGAGAGGCCAACGCAUCAAUCCGGGAGAGAUUAGGCCUCUCCCUUAGAACAGAGAAGGUGGUCACAAUGUUCAAUACAGAAGACUCACAUGUAAAAAGCAAGGUGCUCAGGCACAUAAAGUAUGAUACUAUUUUAUGAAGUUUCAAAUGCAUAGGUAUGGACCCUUCGGAAGGAGU